ACGAGAAUCGCAUCAUAUUAACCAUGACUGUGUUGCUAUUCGGCAAAAAAGUGAAGUAAAAUUGAAUGUUGAGCGGGAUAAAGUGAAAAGGCAAUAAAAACUAACCGUAAAAAGCAGGGAAUAAGGCAAAUAAAAUAAAGAUGACUUUCAUUCAAGUGAUGUGUGGAGUGGGCAGUAGUCUAAUGGUUACUCCAGUGCUCAUGUUUAUUCUUUGUAUAAUAUUUGUGGGAUCACUGGGUAAAUCCUUUGGAAUACGACGACUCUACGUUAACUUCCUGCUCAAAAUAUUUGAGUAUGGGCGAGUUAAUAUUGAGACAGCUAAGAAAUCUCGGUAUGCCGAAGUUGGGGCCACAGAAACAGACGAUGACAGUUCUGCUACACCUCAAAUACCCAUCGCUGAGAAAGUAAUGGCCAAUGGGAAUGGAUUCUUGGGAAAGACUCAAUCAAAUGGUAACCAUUUGAUUUCGAGAGAUCCUCUGAUUCUGGCUCCGGACGCUGAAUAUCAAUCGACAAAGAAGGAACUACAAAGAAAAAUUUCUAGUAGCGAUGGAGAGAUAAGUGAUGAAUUUAAUCCUGAGAACGAGGAGAAAAACUUUGAGUUCAAUCUGGAAAAUUGUCUGGAUUAUGUGAAGGCGGGAAUGGAAGCCAUAAUUGAGGAUGAUGUGACAUCUAGAUUUGAAGCUGAAGAACUCAAAAAUUGGAAUCUUCUAACACGGACUAAUCGUCACUAUGAAUUUAUAUCGUGGCGUUUAACAGUGAUUUGGAUGUGUGGAUUCUUCGUGAGAUAUGCAGUUCUGAUGCCACUCAGAGUCCUUAUAUGCUUUUUUGGGGUUGCGUGGGCUGUUAUAUCUUUUGCCAUUAUUGGAUGUAUUCCAAUGAGACGUUUGAGGCGUCAUCUUAAUGAUGAGGCCUUUAAGAUAACAUUCAGAUUGAUAUCCAAUUCAAUUUCUGCGGUCAUAACAUUCCACAAUCCCGAGUACCGGCCAAGAAAUUGCGGUUUCUGCGUGGCAAAUCAUACAUCACCAAUUGACAUAUCAAUCUUAUCGACUGAUUGCACAUAUUCUUUGGUAAUGUGGCUGGUUGUUUGCACAGCAUUAGUGGGAUCGUUGCCAGAUAAUGAGUUCAAGAGAUGGACUGUGCCACCAAUUUUGAGGCACUGUUUUUCAAUUUUGGCCAGUUCAGUAUCCACAGUCAUCACUUACCACAAUGAAGAGAAUCGACCAGUCAAUGGGAUUUGUGUAGCAAAUCACACAUCACCAAUCGAUGCCCUCGUUCUCAUGCACGACAAUUGCUACUCACUGAUAGGGCAAAGACAUGGAGGAUUUUUGGGUGUUUUGCAACGUGCCCUGGCCAGAGCAUCACCCCAUAUUUGGUUCGAGCGGGCUGAAGCAAAGGAUCGGUUGGCAGUAGCUCAGCGUCUACGACAUCAUGUUUCGAAUCCUAGAAACCCACCGAUUCUCAUCUUCCCGGAAGGAACUUGCAUCAACAAUACCUCUGUUAUGCAAUUCAAAAAAGGCAGCUUUGAAGUAGGAGGGGUCAUCUAUCCCGUCGCAAUCAAAUAUGAUGCUCGUUUUGGCGAUGCCUUUUGGAACAGUUCACGUUAUUCUAUGAUGCAGUAUCUGUACAUGAUGAUGACAUCAUGGGCGAUUGUUUGUGAUGUGUGGUAUUUACCACCAAUGUUCAGGCAAGAAGGCGAGUCAGCAAUUGACUUUGCGAACCGAGUGAAGAGUGUAAUUGCAAAACAGGGUGGCCUAGUGGAUCUUAUGUGGGAUGGCCAGCUAAAGAGGAUGAAGCCAAAAAAGGAAUGGAGAGAAAAGCAGCAAGAAGAAUUUACUAAGAGACUCAAAGGUGAAUAGAUGUCAUAAAUACCAACAUCAGCCUAACAAAAUCUUUUCCUGCAUACAAUUACGCGUUGUGAUACCCUCUAAAAUGUAUUGAAUUUCUAGAGAGGUACUCGCAACAAAUUAUAAUGUGAUAAUUAGCCUAUUUUUCUCUUUACCUUUUUUGAAUUGCAAACUUUUUAUCAAGUCUAAAAAGUAUCUAUUUUUUUCCGAAAACAUUUUCAUUAAAAAAUAGGGAAUUUCCCAAUCUGCGCUUUAUUUAAUUUUACAUGUAUUUUUUUUUCAAAAAACAGAGAGUCCGAAAACUCAAGCAUAAAAUUUCAUUUGAAAAAUAAAAAAAAGUCAUUAAUUAUACAGCACAUAAUCUUGUUCUUUAUACAUUUAUUUAAAUACAAAAAUCAUGUAAUUCAAUUCUUCGUUUCAAAAAGAGUUUCCCUAAUUACACAAGGGAAUAGUGUACAUGUACAGAGAAUAACAAAAUAAUAAAGCUAGUCAUGGCAGUCUCAGCUGCUCAUCAGAAACACAAAUUCACUUAAUAAUCAAGUUAAAAAAGAGGAGUACGAAAAAAUUGUGUUGAUUUUGCAUUCCAAUUACAUAGAUAAAUUUAAAUUUUUAUAGAAAAUUUCUUGAAAAAAAUAUCUUAAGAGUAGAUUUUUGAUACUCAUAUCCGAAAUAGAAAUUACUACAUUAUAAUUUUCUAAAUUAAAAGUAAAAAUGUUUAUAAGUCAAAAUAGAAUUGACUAAAAGUUUGUUUUUUUCUACUGGUUUAAUGUUUUUUUCUCUCUAACAUUUAUGCUGAUUUGAGGGUUGCGUAAAAAACAAGAUUAAAAAAAUGAACAAAAAGCACAGGUAAAGAAAGUAAGUUAAAUAAUAUGAAAAAUAAGACUGUAGGUAGGGUAAUUGGGUGAGAAUAACAGAAAUUGGCUCAUUCUAAAAAGAAUGUAUUUUUUGUGAAAUAUGAAAUAAAAUAAAUUGUAGAAAAGAAAACAAAAAUGCAGGAUAUUAUAUUUAGAUAAGAGGGGACAAUGUAUCCACAAAAAUCCUCAAUGUAAAAUCUAUGCUAAAUUAAAAAAAAGUUUAAUAUA